CCGAAAUUCCGAGCCAUGGAUUCGGAUUCAACACUGUUAUUUACAGAUCCCUUAAAUUUUGAGUUGGGAGAAGGUCCACCUUCAGAGCGCAGCCUUCUAAGCUUUGCAUGGUGCAUCUGUCCAGAGAGCGUGUGCCUGAGUGAAAGGCAGAAAGGAGAAAUGACUGAGCAGGAGGCCGAGUCCCUUCCCCUGAGCCAGGAGUCAUUUCAGGAGUUAUGGAAGAUGAUGUGUCCUCCAGCCGCCAUCCACGAACCUUUGAGUGUGAAUGAUGGUUGGCACCUGGAGAGUCUUUUGUCGGAGACUCCUCUACAGGAGAGCAUUGAUGCGGGGGUUUUUGACUUGCCCACAACCCUGCCGCCACAGCCAUCUGUAUCUGCUUUUAAUGGCGAUGCUGCCCUCAGCUCAACUGUGCCAUCCACAACUGACUACCCGGGAGCGCUGGGUUUCCAGCUACGCUUUCUGAAGUCUGGCACUGCCAAGUCUGUCACAUGCACGUUUUCCCCAGAUCUAAACAAGCUGUUCUGCCAGCUGGAUAAAACCUGCCCAGUUCAGAUACAGGUGGAUCGCCCCCCUCCGCCGGCCGCAGUGAUCCGAGCGACCUCUGUGUUUAAGAAGGCUGAACACGUGGCCUCUCUGGUGCACCGGUGCCCACACCAUGAGAAGGCCUCCGAGCACAGCGAAGGUACAGCCCCCCCAAAUCACCUGAUCCAGGUGGAGGGCUGCCAACGGGCCCACUACAUGGAGGACGCCAACACCAAGAGGCACAGUGUUGUAGUUCCAUAUGAGGCCCCCCAGUGUGGCUCGGAGUGCACCACGGUGCUGUACAAAUACAUGUGCAACUCUAGCUGCAUGGGUGGAAUGAACCGCCGGCCGAUUCUAACCAUUAUCACACUGGAGACGGAAGGGGGAGAGCUCCUGGGCCGCCGCUGCUUUGAGGUGCGCGUGUGCGCCUGCCCUGGGCGAGACCGCAAGAACGAGGAGGACAACUUCCUCAAUCGGCAGGAAAAGAGCAGCGGGACCAAACGCAGCUUCAAGGAGGUAUCUCCGACUGCCCCCCAAACAGAGGCGAACAAGAAAAGCAAAUCAAGCUCCAGCUCUGAGGAGGAGAUUUUCACACUGCAGAUCCGUGGGAGGGAGCGCUACGACCAUCUUAAGAAGAUAAAUGACAGCUUUGAACUGCUGGAUUUGAUUCCACCUGCAGAGCUGGACAAAUACCGGCAAGAACUAAACACCCAGAAUGUGAGCAAGGAGGAGCGUGAAGAUGUUCAACCAAGAAAAGGGAAGAAGCUGCUGAAGAAGGGGGAGAAAAGUGACACUGAUUGAGAGCACCCCCCACCCCUGUUGGUACUUUUCACUGCCUUUUUAUAGUUCUGCUUUAUUGCAGGAAACCAAGCUGCUAUACUUUCACUACCAAGUUGCCUGACAUAAGCUGCAGCUGCUUUGUAUGUUUGAGUUUCAUUAGGCUGUAAUGCUGUAGAAUACAUUUAGUUAUCCCAGUUACAUUAUGCUUUUGCUUCUAUAGUAGUGUUCUUUGCUGUAUAUGUUUCUCUGGUACCAGUUUUACAAUAUUUGCAGAACCAGUGUAUUGGAAUAACUUUUCAGGAAUUUUCGUGUUUUUUUUUAUACAUGUACUAUACACCUAUACAUUUUCUAUCUUGCAUGUUUAUACCUUUUAUAAUUACCUUAGCAUAUGCUUAUACACACACGCACACACUCAAUUGAAUAAUUCGGCCACUAAUUUGAGUUAUGCUUUAGGUAAAAUAAACAAAUAAAUAUAUUGUAGAAACAAAUAAAGAUUCUUUGUAGACCAGAGAA